AUGGCUUACCCUCAGGGAAACGGACAGGCCAAAGUCACCAAUCGGGAGAUCCUCAGAGUCUUACGUGCUCAGCUUGACCAACUGGGAGGCAGCUGGGUCGACGAGCUCCCUAGUGUGUUGUGGUCUCUUCGCACGACUCUAAAGGAGGUGACUAGCGUAACCUCAUUCCAGCUGGUGUACGGCAGUGAAGCAGUCGUCCCCAUGGAGGUCGGAGUAGAGUCUUAUCAGGUGCAGCUCUACGACGAAGGGAAUCCCGAACGGAGGCAUAUGGAGCUCAACUUGGUGGAUGAAACGGGCGCUAAAGCAGUCAUUCGGCUAACGGUGUACCGGCAAUGA